AUGGUAACCACGACCCACGGCAAACGACGCGGAGAAGAAGAAUUACCGUUCCGCGGGGCGACGAGGGAAAAGGAGACCAGCGCGGCAGCUCUAAUCGAGGCGACGCUGGUGAGGGAGACGAAGAAUGGCGGUGGCAUCUUCUCUCCCUCUUGCGAACCGACGCUCGAUGGCCUACCAAGGCUGGAAACGAGGAGUGUCGGCCUAAACUUACCUCCCUACAGCCUGACGAUUCCAUCGCCUAAGAAGUAUUCGAAGAAGAAGAAGCACUGCGGCGGGAUCCUCUGUUUGCCGCUGAAGAAGACGUCGCCUGCGAACGAGAAGAAACGCGGCGGCAGCGUCGGGGGUGGAAUUCUCCACUCAUCCUUAGGAAGAGGAACGACGAAGGUGACGAGAGUCGGCCGAGAAGAACAUCGAUUCUGGGAGACUGCCUUCGCGAUGGAUGAGCCGCCGGAUUCGAGAGCGUCGACCAGCCGCCUGGAAGAUCGCUCGCCGCCGAAGAAGAAGGAGGUAGAGACGGUGGGCUGCAGAUCGAGAUUAUUCUCCCGCCGCGUGAAGAUCCUGUCGCCAAAGGACGUGACGAGGAAGGCGGCGCCGUCGGCGGGCGAAAUGGAGUCGAGGGCGAGCGAAGAGGGAGGCGGUGGCAUCUCUCUUCCCUUCACAAACCCUAAGACCACUCGCUUGGACCGCGGAGCAAGGCAGUAG